GCCACCACAGGCCCGAAUCUUUCCUUGUUUGGUCUCCACCGGUAUGCUUAAAGUGCUUGUGAUGAUCAGACCCGAAGCUUGUGGCACAAUGCUUCGCGUGCGCUGGCUUUGCCAGGGCUAGGCUGUGUGGGAACCUAUGACUAGCGUCAGAGCUGACCGCAAUUCUAGCUGAGCUGACAAUAUCCACAUCUACAUAGCCAUUCGCAUGUUCGACACCACCUGACUCUUCUGCGCCAGCCAUGUCUGUUCAGCUCUCCGAGUACCUCCAGAAGCCAUUCGUUCUCACCACCGAGCGGCUCCUUAUCGUACCAACCCCAAUUGCAAUCCUACACGCCGCAUAUGUCCACUUGUAUGGCAGCUUGCACGCAAGCGAGGCGUUUUGCCAGAUGGCGUUUGGUCCACAUUUCCUCGCUCGCGAGCUGAGUGAUGAAGAGACACGAAAUGUCAUUCUCACACGUGAUCUCGAGAGGUGCUGGAAGCGCAGAGGACUGGGCGACUUUGCAGUUGCCCUGCGCACCAAAGGCGACGGUUCGAGUGUUAUUCCCAGUGACAUAGGGAGAAAGCUGAAUGGGGAGGAAAGUUUAAGGAUCUUGGACUUUGCUGUCGACGGCGAAUCAAACAUGUCGAUUGGUGCCCUGAACUUGGACGAGGUCACAUGGGUGGGCUAUGCAGGUGUCCGCGAUGCAACGACAACAUCGAUGCCAGAUCGGGCCGCAGACGAUGAGCCACUGCCGCCAUGGCAAGAGAUGAUCGAACUGCGAUACGGCGUGCACGGGGACCAUUGGGGCAAAGGUGUUGCAGGCGAAGCAGCAAGAGCAGUGAUGCAGUGGGCUGUUAGUGAGAGAGGAGUGAGGCGGUUUCUUGCAGAGACAGAGAGAACAAACACAAGAAGCGGAAAAGUGUUGCAGAAGAUGGGCUUCAGAGAAAGUGGCACAGACUAUUGGAAAGAGCCGAGUGAGAUGGAAUGGGAGAAAGUAGCUACGUAGAUUAGUCGUACGUAUGCUCAACGGUAACGCACCAAAUCACCUCGUGGUCUUGAAACUGUCAUUUCUGAGGCACGCGCAGCCGCAAACUAGGAACGUGCUUCGAGAAUAGACGCAGGCGCAGCAGCAACAGGUAUAGCUCAUCAAGCCACGCCUGAGGCGAAGCAGAAAGCCAUCACAGUCCUGGACCCAAGUAUGAUCGACCAGACACUCGGCAAUUUUGUAGAAUCCAAACCAUCACUAUCG